UUGUUAUUUCCACAUAAACCCAAGAAAAGAGAGAGAGACCCGAGCUGGGUUCGGCCAUGGACGCGGACAUGGAAACCCUCGCCGAUGGCGCGGACCUCCUCGCCGGCGACGGCGGGGAGGCCGAGAGGCUGGAGGCGGAGGCGCAGGCCGACCUCCUCCGCGACCGCCUCCGCCUCGCCGUCAUCAAGAUCGCCACCUCCGAAGGCAGGAAGGCGGGAAUGGAGGUCGCCGACCCCGUCGUCGCCUGCAUCGCCGAUCUGGCCUACAAGAGCGUAGAGCAGCUGGCUAAGGAUGUUGAGUUGUUUGCACAACAUGCUGGUCGUAAAUCCAUCAAGAUGGAAGAUGUUAUCUUGACAGCGCAUAGAAAUGAGCAUCUUAUGGGCCUUCUGCGGACAUUUUCUCAACAACUGAAGGGCAAGGAGCCUUCCAGCGAGAGGAAGAGAAAGAAAUCUUCCAAGAAAGAUGAUAACAUGAUGCAAAUCUGAUAUAAGCAAUGAGAUAGAUCUUCUGUCUCCCAUUGAACAAAGGGGUAGGUCCAAGAAGGAAACUUUGCAAGAACUUAGGCUGCCAAGCUAAUCCUGUUCUUCACACGUUUAGUUGUGGUAAUGUGCGGUGUGAAACAGUGUUGUCUCAGUAAAAUGGAGAUCCUUCACAUCUACUGAUUUCACUGAGGCUGUUGUGUCAAGUACUAGUAAAUGGCAAAUUCAGAGUUUGGUUCUUGCACGGGAUCAUGUGCUGUCACUCUUCUUGAUAACCCUGUGCCUUCCUGCUGAUGUUAGCUCAACUGAAAUGUGCAAGAGCAUCAGUGAAAAUACAGAAAAGAAAGGCAACUUUGAAAGUAGUAAAA